GCCAGUGGCUGGCAGCAUGGGGCCCGCCUGGAGGACCGUGUGGGCUUUCAGGAAUGAGAUGGUUAUUUUCCUGGUUCCACUGCUCCUGCUCCCGCUCCCUCUGGUCAUUCCCACCAAGGAAGCUGGCUGUGGAUUCACGAUCCUGGUCAUGGCCGCCUACUGGUGCACGGAAGCCUUGCCUCUCGCCGUCACCGCCUUGAUCCCCGUGAUCUUCUUCCCAAUGUUUGGAAUCAUGGAAUCAUCGGAGGUGUGCAUGCAGUACCUGAAGGACACCAACAUGCUUCUGGUUGGGGGUUUGAUCGUGGCCAUCGCGGUGGAACACUGGAACCUGCACAAACGCAUCGCGCUGAGGGUGCUGCUGAUUGUUGGAGUCAGGCCCGCGCUGUUGAUGAUGGGCUUCAUGGGCGUCACGGCGUUCCUCUCCAUGUGGAUCAGUAACACGGCCACCACCGCCAUGAUGGUGCCCAUCGCCCAGGCCGUGCUGGACCAGCUCAACAUGGCGGAAGCACAGAACAUGGAGUUGGACCUGAUCUACGAGAACCAGAUAGUGGUCCUGGAAGACAAGGGGUUGGCGAAGACUGGCGAUUCCGUCACUGCAGACCCUGAGAAUCCCAAACCAGCAAAUGUCCCGGAAGACAGCAAGACUACCAAUGAGAUAUCCAACGGACAUUUGCAGUUAUCCGAAGGCACGACAGAUGCGGAAGAGGAGAUGAAGCUGCGAUCACAGAAGCACCUGGAGCUGUCGAAGGGAAUGAGUCUGAGUGUCUGCUACGCUGCCAGUAUCGGGGGGACGGCCACGCUGACCGGUACCACCCCCAACCUGAUUAUGAAGGGCCAGUUGGAUGAUCUCUUCCCAAACAACGGAGACAUUAUCAACUUUGCCACCUGGUUUGGAUUUUCCUUCCCCUGCAUGUUUAUCAUGUUGGUCAUCACGUGGAUUUGGUUGCAGAUCUUAUUCCUGGGAAUCAACUUCAAGCAAAACUUUGGCUGCAUGGUGGCCAAGUCACAGAAGGACAUCGCCGCCUACCAAGUGGUCAAGAAUGAGAUGAACAAGCUGGGCAGGAUGACGUUUGCCGAGAUCGAGGUGCUGGUCCUCUUCAUCCUGCUGGUCCUGCUAUGGUUCACUCGGGCCCCCGGCUUCAUCGACGGCUGGGCCACUGUCCUCUUCAACAAGGGCAACAAGGACUACGUGACCGAUGCCACGGUGGUGAUCUUCAUCUCCAUCAUCAUGUUCGUGUUGCCGUCGGACAAGCCCCGGCUGCCGUGUUGGAACGGGGGUGGCCCGGCCCCGGAGCAGCCCGAAGCAGACAGGAGGCCCAGGUAUGGACCAGCUCCGCCACUGCUCACCUGGAAGGUAGUUCAGCAGAAGAUGGCGUGGAACGUGGUCAUCCUGUUGGGAGGAGGCUUCGCUCUGGCAAAAGGAAGUGAGCGAUCUGGUCUUUCCAACUGGCUUGGAGCCCAACUCACUCCCCUGGAGGCCAUUCCACCGUGGGCUAUCAUCAUCCUGCUGUGCCUGCUGAUCGCCACCUUCACCGAGUGCGCCAGCAACGUCGCCACCACCUCGCUCUUCCUCCCGAUCCUGGCUGCCAUGGCAGUGCGCAUUAACCUCAACCCACUCUAUGUCAUGUUGCCCUGCACCCUCUGUGCCUCCUUCGCAUUCAUGCUGCCAGUGGCAACCCCUCCAAACUCCAUCGUCUUCUCCUACGGCUAUCUGAAGGUGUCUGACAUGGUGAAAGCGGGAUUCAUGGUCAACCUGAUUGGAGUGUUGGUAAUCUCUCUGGCGAUCAACACCUGGGGCAUGGUGAUGUUUGACCUGAACACCAUCCCAGCUUGGGCGAACAGCACGGCCAACCCAUGAAAUGAUGAUAGGGAGACCCGCUGGAUCGACCCACUGCCAGAGGACCAGUGCAGACUGCGACUUAACCAAUCACCUCAUGAAACAGUUUAAACUGAGCCGUCCACUUCCUUCACUCGUCGCAAAUUUUUAUAGCACGAGAGUAAAAUCAAACUGGACAGUACGAUCCUUGCACAAAGACCAAAUGACUAACAACAGAUGCUGGCCGGGGUCACUGGGAACUCUGAAAAUUUCUUCUGACGUUGCGAUCUUUGUCCUCUAUCGACCGGAGCAGGAGAUUGCAGGUCCUGACCUCCCACGGUACAUCGCUGGGCCCAGACCCACAUCACUGUCCUCAGCACCACUGCCACGGCUUCAACCAAAACCUCAAAGCACUUGUUAAUCCAAAUCCUCUACUAGCAUUCAAAAUGUGUAAGAAGGAACUGCAGAUGCUGGGUUACACCGAAGAUAGACACAAAAUGCUGGAGUAACUCCGCAGG